AUGGACAACUUUGGUUAUCGCGAGAUGGGGUGGCCGUCACCUCUCCAAACCCCGACCCCUACAUCGAAUAGAUCCCGACUUCAGCGAAGCUUUAGUUCCCGUUCGAGAGAACCUGAAGAAUAUCCGUUAAAAAUACCCUUUAAACAUGUUCGCAGCAUCGAUUUACUUGAAUCUGCUCAGGAGCCGCUUAAAGCUAAAGAAUACUUAUUUGUUGGACCCUCGCCGCCCGCCGAAGAUGCUCCGAAUAUGUACCAAAGUUUUGAUAUACUCGCUCCAGAUCCCGAAGCCAGGCUGACCGAAGAUAUGAUAAGAAAGUCCCUCUGUGAAAAAGCACUUACACUAGGAGCAGGCAGAUUCUUUGAUGAUCUCGAAUGUGGUUUGAUCACAGCCGAAAAUAUAGAAGAACAUAUAAACUCUGCUCCGGAAAUCGUCGUUAAUUUAACAUUAUUGUGGGCUGCAUUUCUUACCCGUGACGAAUUAUUGCCAGCUAUUAUUGAAGCUGGUGCAGAUAUACAUUAUUCAGAACCCGUGGGUCUAACAGCACUUCACAUCGCCUCUUUCAGCGGGGCCUCUAGGGCUGUAGGAUAUUUAUUGGCUAUCGGAGCCGAUGUAGAUUUUGCUCCAAAAUAUUUUGCACCCCUUCAUUGCGCUGCAUUUGGAAAUUCUUUAGAGGUGGCUGAAAUGCUGAUCUGUAAUGGUGCCUCCUUGCAUGCUGUUGUACAAAGAGCUGGCUGUGAAGACAAUCUUGUUCAUUGUGCUGUAAGAAAUGAUGCAUUGGAAUGUAUGGAAUUAUUUAUUGAAAAAGGUGUUGAUCCAGCUUAUAUAACAUCCGGAGGAUUAAAUGCACUUCACUUAGCAGCAGAAUUGGGAGCACAUAGGUGUCUAUCAUUUUUGUUAAAAGAAACGAAACUGAGCGUAAAUGGAGUAACAAAACAAAGAGAUAAAGAAUGUACAGCAUUACAUUUGGCUGCUUCAAGAGGAUAUACUGAGUGCGUGGAACUGUUGUUAUCGGAAGGGGCAAAGGCAAAUACUAAAAAUUAUAGAGGCUUCACUCCACUUCAUCUUGCUGCUAGAUGUUCUGGAUUAGAAUGUGUUGAGGUCCUUCUGAGAGAUGGAAAUGCUGAUCCGAAUGCUGAAGAUCAAGAUAAACGAACCCCUCUUCACGCUGCCAUUUGUAAUUCAGACCGUGCUUGCGAUAUCAUCGAUAUGCUUGUAAGUUGGGGAGCACAAGUUAAUAAAAAGGACGAGUAUGGAUAUUCACCUCUCCAUUUAGCAGCGAUGGACGGUUUAACACAAUGUGUCGAAACAUUAAUCUUCCUCGGAGCCGACGUCACUUCAAAAUCUAAAAAAGGCCACACAGCAUUGAGUGUCAUAGUUAGAAAGACACCGAAAUCACUAGCUAUUUUAAGACAUAUUUUAGAUAGUGGAAUUUCAGUAAGUAGAUCUACAGAGGGCAAUGAAGAAGUACAAAUAGAAUUUGAUUUCGGUAAACUGUUAAAAUAUUCUUACCCUCGAGAGAUCACGUAUUUAAACAGUUUGAUUGAUGAAGGUCAAAAAGAUAUCCUUCAGCAUCCUUUAUGUUCCGCAUUCUUAUUUAUGAAAUGGCGUAAAAUUCGUAAAUUUUAUCUCGCUAGACUUAUCUUCUGCUUUCUAUUUGUUUCCUUUUUAUCUAUCUAUGUUUUAACUGCUGUAGUAAAAACAUGUAAGGGGAAGUAUUCUAAAAAAUAUGGCGUACCGAAUGAACUGUGUCAACAUCAAUCUAUACUAGGUGACAUUUUAGAAGAAAAUCCGAUAGAAUUUGAAAGGUGGAUAUUAAUAGCAAUCACAGCUUUUGAGAUAGUAAGAAAACUGACAGGUAUUACAGGUUAUUCUAGCAUGUAUCAAUAUUUCACUACGUUCGAAAAUUUGAUGGAGUGGUUUGUUCUUCUUUCUGUAUUUUCAUUAUAUAAUAUACAACAGGACUACGGAUGGCAAAACCAUGUAGGUGGAUAUGCAGUACUUGGGGCUUGGACUAAUUUAAUGUUGAUGAUGGGACAAAUGCCUAUGUUCGGUGAUUACGUGGCUAUGUAUCAGAAAGUAUUAAGCGAGUUCCUCAAACUGUUGUUAGCUUACGUCUGUCUUCUACUUGGUUUCGCCAUUUGUUUCUGUGUUGUUUUUCCAAACGAAGAAAUGUUUUCAAACCCUUUAAUGGGUUUCAUCAGUACUUUGUCUAUGAUGGUAGGAGAACUCAAUUUGAAUAUUUUAAUCAAUGAUCCGAUUGAAGACGAUCCUCCUUUAAUAUUCGAGCUAUCAUCUCAAAUGAUAUUUAUUCUGUUCCUUAUGUUCGUGACUAUCAUAUUGAUGAACUUGCUGGUCGGUAUAGCAGUCCAUGAUAUUCAAGGCCUUCGAAAAACAGCAGGCUUAUCAAAACUGGUCCGGCAAACAAAACUAAUUUUAUUUGUUGAAAUGGGUAUGUUCAGUGCUUGGCUACCACACUGUUUACACAAGUAUGUGUACAGGACCGCCUUAGUGUCUCCAGAGGCAGGGAAAGUUAUCCUGAGUGUGAAACCUUUGAAUCCUCAUGAGAAAAGACUACCGACGGAUAUAAUGAUGGCCGCCUACGAGCUGGCUCAGCUCAACAAAUUGAAAUCAGGAAGAUCUUUAAAAGAAAUGCUAUACAAAAAUAAAUAUUCAUCGAAAUUCAAAAACGAGGGUCAAAGCAACGAACAGAACUUUAAUAUCGAAAUACGAGGAAUGCAAGAGAAAAUCGAUCAGACUACAUUUAAUUUGAAGAAAAUUGAUCAGGAGAUGAGACAUUUGAACACUUUGUUGAUGGAACAGAGCAAUCUAUUGCAGGCUGUUGUAAAAUCUGUUGAUAGAACCUGUACCCAUACAGCUCAAUACUAUCCAGAAUCACCAAUAUUCUUCACUACUAACAUCUCCGAUGUGACACCCACGACUAAAUAG